UUUAGGGGUUUUCUUUCCAAAUGAAAACUCAAUGUUUCAUUUUUUAUUGUUAAAUAUGAAGAAAAUUAAAAAUGGCAUCGUUAAAGAAGAAGUUUGAUGAAGGGGCAAAAUUAAUUAAUUAAAUAGAACGCUCAAUUUCAAUUAUGUAAUUUAUCUAGAUUGGUUGAUAAAUGAGAAGAACGAUUGGUUAUUAACUGGAUGCGUACUCACACUAAUCGUUUGUUAUUAUCCGCCAUUGAUCAAUAGUCGGUAGAUGCGCGCAUGCAUAUAUUAAUAGUCGUCGACCGUUCAUCCCUUAUAAAGCGUCCAGGCAUGUCGAGUCGUCUGUUUGGCUCUCCCCUGCGGCCACAUCGCGGUGUUUGGCUGUCGGCACGCGACUGGCGCGAUCGCCAACACAAUGCUGGUUGGCCGUAGGUGGAGCCUAGUAUUCAUGAGCUUUGGCUUUUUAAUGGUGCCGACGGUUGCAGCCAUCACAGAGGUGCCACGGGUUGGCCACGCGACUGUUGCUCCUAGCAUGGCUUCGUUGACUGUAGUCAGUUCGGCGGAAAACAUUACAAAGUUUCUAACAGGCUCCAACGGUUCGGAAACAAAGGAACAUCAGACUAGUGAAAAGAAUAACAAUUCAGAAGGGGAGUUUGUUAGAUGUAAAAGAAGACUCCAGAUCAGUCAGAUCGGUUACGAUUUCUCUCAACCGCAACCAACAGCGGUUGCUAGAAGAAAUGCGAGAGAGAGAAGAAGAGUCAGGAUGGUCAAUUUGGGAUUCACGACUUUAAGAGAUCACGUGCCGUCGGGUGCCAAAAAUAAAAAGUUAAGUAAAGUGGAAACUCUCAGAUCGGCCAUUGAAUACAUCAAACAGUUACAGGACUUAUUAGGUGAGACAGAAACUUCGUUGGAGUGUAUGCAGAGUGAUGACAAGUUUAUGUCUACAGAUGGUGACGAAUUUGCUGCUGUGGCAUCGUCUUCUUCGUCUGCUAUGGCGGUCGAUUCUGCUUCAUCUCCUUCUCCUAGUUUGGGUUCGGACACUUCUUCACCGUAUCACAUGUUCAGUCCCGGAGAAGACACUUAUUUGGAUUUCGGAAGCUGGUUUCCAUAAACAGUUGACAAUCUCGAUUCGCCCCUAUGCCCCGACGACAAUCCGGUCGCCAUGGCAACAGACAGGCUUGAUUCCAACGCUGGCCGAUGGAGGGAGCCACCGUGCAAAUGGUGCGAGACAACUACCCCUGGGGGCAUUGUUCUAAAUCGUUGGUCGGCCAGUGUGCUAGACGUUUUCAAGAGAGUAUUGUUGUAUAGUCUGCCAGAGGUCUAUGCCAACCAGAUGUCCUAUCCCCAUUUGGGAUCCGACUUCAAUUCGAGUAAAGUUGCCCUGUUGUUAUUAACUAGUCAUCACCAUUAUCUGUUUUCUUGAAUGAACGCGUUGCUCAUUCAGGCUCAAAACAAUCCAGGUGUACUUAUUAUUAUUAUUACAAAAAACUGUCAGUAUUAAAGAUGUUCCCUCCAAAUCCUCCGGGAAGAGCCAAUGAUAAAUUGCUCAAAACGCAGUGUUGUUAAUAAUAAUUAAAAGAAAACCGCGCGAUAUUUUUUGAUAUUAAUUGUGUUUUUCUCUGUUA